CUGGGUCAGGCUGAGCGGACAGACUGCAGAGACUUUAGUCCUCCGGUGGAUCCCUCUGCUCCCGAAUCACCGCUAAAGCUGGGGGAAAUCAUGUCCCACUGAAUGAGAACGCUUGACUGUUUUUUUUUGUUUAGGGACAAACUUGCCGCGUAACUUUUGUCGGAUUUGGGUUUCCCCCUCAACUACAUUUAACGCGUAAAGAAAAUGGAGCGAAUUCCGAGUGCGCAACCUCCUCCGAUGUCCACACAUCAAGGUGAUCUCACAGACAUGCACGGCAUGGACUUCCCCAUGUAUGCCUACAAACCCAGGCGGGGAAUGAAACGAGGCGAGGAGAGCAAGGAGACGUACAAGCUGCCCCACAGACUCAUCGAGAAGAAAAGACGUGACCGGAUAAACGAGUGCAUCGCUCAGUUAAAGGAUCUGCUACCGGAACAUCUCAAACUUACUACGUUGGGCCAUCUGGAGAAGGCUGUGGUUUUGGAGCUCACACUCAAGCAUGUGAAGACGCUCAGUACUCUACUGGAGCAACAGCAGCAGAAGAUCCUCGCCCUGCAGAGCGGCAUGCAUAUUGAGCAACCUCUGGUUAGCCAGGAGAAGUCCGAGGAGAUGUUCCGCUCCGGCUUCCACAUGUGCGCUAAGGAGGUUGUCCAGUAUUUGGCCAGUCGCGAGAGUGACGUCGACUUCACGCCGUCUCACGUCAUCAACCACCUUCAUACGUUGGCCGCUGAUGUGCUCCAACAAAGUCCAAAGCGACCCCGUUCCCCCAUCAGCCCUCCGCCAGAAGAAAUCCCCACUUACAGCCAGCACCAACCCCACAAGGAAGCGCCCGCCAGCUUGCCACCGAAACCCAGCGAGGGUUACGGGAGGGUGCCUGUCAUCCAGCGGGCGCAUGCUCCUGCUAGUAGCGAGCAAAGCGGCAGCGACACGGAUACAGACAGCGGCUACGGUGGCGAGCUAGAGAAGAAUGAGUGCAGCGCCCCUCAGAGGCACCCCGACUACUACAGCCACGAGGGCAAGCUGAUAAAGCGGAGCAUGGCGGAGAGGCAGAGCUCCAGCGUCAAGCGGGAAGACGACGAACCGAGGCACAAACGAGCCCGGGCGGAGUCAUCCGAGGAUGAGCUGCUCUCAGGUGCCGAAUCCUCAGCCUCCUCCUCCAGUGGCUACGGGAGCUACAUGAGCGUCUCACCCAACCAUCCACCUCCACCCCCGCACCCCCUCUGCAUGCCCUUCUACCUCAUUCCGCCCUCUGCCGCCGCCUACCUACCGAUGCUGGAGAAAUGCUGGUACCCGGGAACCAUGCCCAUGCUGUACGCCGGCAUGGGGGGCUCUGCCACCGCCGUCCCCAGCGAGAGGCCGCCUCCGCUGGUCAUGUCUCCCAGAGGAGGCUCUCCGGCUCCCGCGGUAUCCCAGACGUCCAUGGACUCCCCAGCCCUCCUACAGGCGUUGAAGCAAGUGCCGCCUCUCAACCUGGAAACCAAAGACUGAAAUGAGAAUAUGACUGAGAACGUCCUGCAGACCAUCAAGUCAUUUUGCUACUAUGCUCCUCGUCCUGGAAUGUAGAUCGUGUCAAACAAGACAAGGGAGAGAGGGGUGGAGGAAGCGAAGCGUCCAAAUGGUUGAAUGUUUCGUGCAAAUGGACUUGUCCUGCGCGCGCACGCACGCACGCACACACACACACACACACACACACACACACACACACACACACACAUGGUUGAAUGUAAAGAAAGGCGUCUCAGAUGCUGCUGUUGAGAAAAAACCACACUGACGCAUUUCACUUGUAGCUUUUGUGAUAAAGACAUGCCAUUUUUUGUACUAGAAAACAUCGCACCAAAUGUUAGGAAUAAGAAUUCACCCAAAGUUUGUUGCCUAUCGUUGGUUCACACCACCAUCAUGAUGACGAUAAUCACUUACAAUGUCUCACACUUUAUGACCAUACCGAAUGAGAAGUCAGCCAUUCACGAGGUGAGACGGAUUCUGAUGUAAUUACUGUGGAUAGACUUCUUGUACAUUUCUAUUUUUGAUACCUUGUCCACGCACUCGUCUGCAGAGCUGGGGGUAGAGAGGGAGUGUGAGAGAGAAUGUGUGUGCGUGUACAUACUGUAGCACUGUGCUGGACCUGGUCUGCAUACUCAACAUCUGUUUCCGCUCAAGUCAAACCUGGCGUUUGUUCUUGCUGUUGCCUUUUUACUUGUGAAAAACUCUCAGAUGUUCUCCGUUAACGCGCAUGAAUCCCAGAGCGCCACGAGUCAAAGGGGGGAAGAGAAGUGAAUGUAAAAGUUUUACCACAAAGGACUAGUUUUCUAUAGAGAGAGGUACUUGAGAUUUUAUAUUUUGGGACCUACAGGAAAGAUGAUUGCUGUUUGUACAUAUUUUGUCUAUAAAUGUUGAUAUACAUUAUGUAAGUAUUAAAGUAUUUUUUCCUGUGGAA